GGAAUAUGUCACUUGGGAAGUCACGUCUCUCCUCCUCCUCCUCUCCUCCGAUGAUCGCCAAUCCUUUAUCCAAAUCGUUCAAAGAUAUCCUUGUCGGAUCACCAAGUAAUCAUGAACGCAGCCGCCGCGAUCACGACGACGGCGACGGUAUCGUCGACGUAUCUAUUGAUGUUCCAGAUUCUGACAAUCGCUCCUGGUCGAUGCUAUUUCCAGAAUUGCUUUACGAUAUCAUCAAGCGAUUGGACGAUGAUCACUGGCCGAAUCGAAAAAAUGUCGUGUCUUGCGCUUGUGUUUGCAAGAACUGGAGGAAAGUCACUAAAGAAGUUGUCAAGUCUGCACUUAACAGUGGAACCCUCACUUUUCCUUCUUGCCUUAAGCAGCCGGGGCCUCCUGACUUGCCUAUUCAGUGUGUUGUAACACGGGACAAGAAGAAUUCAACAUAUUACCUUUAUCUUAGCCUACCUCCCUCAAUAACAGAAAAGGGGAAAUUUCUCUUGGCUGCUCGAAGAUGUAGGCAAGGUGCACACACUGAGUAUAUUAUAUCGCUUAGUGCAGAUGAAAUAUCUCAAGGAAGCAAUACCUAUGUUGGAAAGAUAAGUUCGGAUAUCAUUGGGACCAACUUCAGAAUAUAUGACAGUCAGCCUUCUAGUGAUAGAAGAAGGACUAACAGGUGGUUUUCGAGUAAGCAAAUAAGUCCCCAGAUUGUUCCAUCUGCCAAUAUUGAGAUUGGACAUGUAGCUUACAACUUCAGCAUCCUGCAUUAUCGUUCCCCCAGAAGAAUGAGAUGUAUGGUGAAAGGUGCAGACCAAAAUACAACGAAGAAACGGGAUGGAUCAUAUGAUACUGUCCUGGAGAAUAAAGCUCCGAGAUGGCAUGGACAUCUACAGUGCUGGUGCUUGAAUUUCCAUGGCCGUGUGACAGUUGCGUCUGUUAAGAACUUUCAGCUUGCUGAGACUGUGGAUCAAAGUCAGCCUGAAGGAGAAGGGGAUGGAGAGACUGUUCUUCUGCAGUUUGGUAAGGUAGGGGAUGAUAUCUUUACAAUGGAUUAUAGAUAUCCAUUGUCAGCUUUCCAGGCUUUCGCCAUUUGCUUGACAAGCUUUUCCACAAAAUUGAUUUACAAGUGAAAUUUUUUAAGUACACAUACAAUUUGACCUAUUUUUUAUCUUCUAUUGUUACUGAGAUGACCUAAUCUCUUUUUAUUUUAAUGAUAGCUUUGUGAAUGCUAGCCAAGGUUCAAGGUUUUGCUCC